GAACUGCGACACGCACCACACGCACCGAAAUGUUCACAUUAUAUAGACGAGCACUCUCGCAGCUCACGCGAGUCGGCGUGCGCCACCUGCACAUCUCCAUCACCAAGCCGCCCACCCCAGCACCGACGACCCAAGUCCCCGACGUGACAACGUUCCUCACCAAGAUCGGCCGCAACUGCCAGGUCCACGCCGCGAAGUUCACCGAGUGGGCCACGCUGUUCGAUGCCACAUCGACGCAGCUGAAGGAGCUCGGAAUCGAGCCGUCGCGCACUCGCAGAUAUAUCAUCCGCUGGCGGGAAACUUACAGGCGCAACAACGGGAAGGUUAAGCUGCACGAGCAGAAGCGUGGCGUCAAGAUUGAUGGUGGUGAGAGGAGGCAGAAGGAGGUCAGGGCUAAGAGGUUUGCUGAGGAGAGGAGGAUCGCGGAGGGUAGGGAGAGGUAGACUGAGGAGAGGAGGAUCACGGAGGGUAGGGAGAGGUGGAGCGGUGGAUGUAUGGUACCUACGGCAGGCAGGCAGCAGCAGCGGCAGCAGCAGCAGCUUUUUUGUUUAAUCAUUUGAUUGAUUGAGCAGCAGCAAAAGCAGCAGCGGGGCCUCGAGGC